AUGCAGUUAGUGGCAGAGCUUUUAGGCACCUACUUAUCGAUGUUUGCUGGUUUUGCUGCCAUGGUGAUAAACAAAAAGAUUAUGAUGGUUAUGAUCUACACUGUUGGGCCUGUUUUUGGUGCCCAUUUUAACCCUGCUGUCACCGUUGCUUUUGCUUCAUGUAAAAGGGUAGCAUGGAGAAAUGCAAGUGCCAGCAUAUAUGUUAGCACAAGUCGUGGGAGCAACUCUAGCAACUGUCACAGUGAGAUUAAUGUUCAAGGAAGAGCAACUUCAGUUUCUGAGAACAAUUCUAGCUGGCUCAGAUUUGUAGUCUCUUGGAUUAGAAUUCAUGAUCACUUUCUACCUCAUGUUGGAGAACUCAAUGGACAUGUUAUUGGAGCUGUAAUCACAAUUAACUCUAUCCUUGCUGGGCCUAUUUCAGGGGGAUCAAUUAAUCCAACAAGAAGUUUGGGACCAGCAAUUUUAUCAAAUUGUUACAAGAAACAAUGGAUAUACAUUUUGGGUCCUACAGCAGGAGCUACAACUGGUAUCUGGUUUUACAAUGCAAUGAAGUCUGUUAAGUCCUAUAAUGAAGUCACUAAGUUUCUUCCCUUUCUCCGAAGAUUAGCCCAAAACAAAGUUUAA